UUAAAAACCUCAAAAACCCAAAACAGACGGAGCUGAAACAUCCAGAAACCGUCAGGUCUGCAGGUCUCCAGAUCAGAGGAGCUGAACCAUGACCAAGUGUUUCCUGCUGAGUGUGUUCGUCCUCCUGAUGCUGAUUCCUGCAGUUUUCUGUUUCGUUUCAGGGGCUCCUGAGGAUGCAGGUGAAGGCGGGAAACAGAAGCGCAGCAUCCCAAACUGGGCGAUGACCUCCGACGACUUCUUCGGUUGGGUGGAGGAGCUCCGGAAACACGCCGGCUACGAGCAGAUCGAAGAGCUGGCCAGGACCUUCUGGGCUCACUUCCCCUCCGCAGACCGACUCGGGUACGGAGCCCACGAACCGGAAGAGUAGAGAGUUCAGUCGGAUGGAGGAUGGCGAGAAAGACACGACCUACACGAAGACGAGAAGAAGAACUAGACGGACAUGUCAAUAAAAAAGUUUGGUUUGCCUUUAAUUAGCUUUGAUAACUCUGAAAUAAGAUUACGAUUUUUUUUCUGAAUAAAUAAUAUCAGAUAAAACAGAUAGUAUGAAAAGUGCUGCAGUUACUCCCUCUGACCACAGGAGGGCAGUAAACAUUAGGGUUAUUUCUGUGGUGACUAGUACUGUGAGAGGUUUAAUAAUCCGAAUAUAAUGUGGGGAAAAAAUGUCAUUGUAAGAAUUAUUUUCAGUGUUGUAGUUACUGACAGUGACCACAGGAGGGCAGUGAUGAUCACAGCUCUUUAUUUGUUUGUAUUAGUGUUGUUAAAGGUCAUUACAUGAAUAAAUCUCAUGAUAUUGAAGUUUUUGUUCCCAUAAAAAAGACAUCAUGCAGUUCAUC